AGUACUCUGAGGUCAUCUUAUGUUAAUUAGUUUUGGAUUGUUUCCCUAAGAUGCCAAUCAAAAGAGGGCAUGUUGCUCCUCAGAACACAUUCAUUGACACACUAAUACAAAAGUUCGAUAGUCAAGGUCGGAAAUUUUUGAUUGCUAAUGCUGUUCUUCCUGGAGCACCAAUUAUUUUCUGCAACGAUGAGUUUUGCUCCCUUUGUGGAUAUUCAAGGGCUCAAAUUCUACGUCGUUCUGCCGCUCUGGAAUUUCUAUAUGGACCAUCGACUUCAUUCGCAUCUAUCAAGGAUUUGAAAACAGCGCUGUCAGAUUAUGAGGAGAAGGUGAUCAUGGCUAUUCUUUGCAACAAAUCAGGCAAUCAAUUUAUUUGUCAAAUAACAGUUGCUCCAGUACGUAAUGCAGAAGGUCAAGUUCGCCUAUACAUUUUAACUUUUGUGGUUAAUUCUGAAUUUAGAAAAACAAAAAGUACAAAUCUCCCUAGUAAAACAAGCUUAACAAACGAUAGGAAAACGAGUAAAAAUUAUCAACGACAGCUGUGUUGUAUUCCAGUCAAUGAUACAGUUGGUGAAGAGUCUCGAACAAUUAGUCAAUUAACUAAUGUUCAUGAUCACAAGGAUGAACUUGAACAACCCAUUUCUAGAUGUGAACUAGAAAACUCAACUUCUGCAAACUCUACAGAACGAGAUCUAAGUUGCACAUGCUUAAUGCAACCAGGCGAAUUGAAACAACCUCUACCUCGAUCUAAUUCUCUUGUGAGCAUUUCCCCAAAUGUCCCGAAAGAACCAAAAAGAGGUCGUAAUUAUUUAGUUUGCAGAGGACAUUCUAUUGUGAGUACAUCUUCACAUAUGUCUAGAGGUAAUUCACUCGUUGGUCUUUCUCGUGGAUGUGGUGGAAUUGUGGUGAAUACCGACUCAUGGAACGCAUCCCGUCGUCAUGUUUCAGAAAAAGUUGCUGAGAUGCUUUCCAUGGGUCCUGAAUUAAAUCCAGAACAAAAACUACACUCUCCACGUAUUCAUCCAUUCACUUUAAAACAUUAUGGUCCUAUUAAAGCAGUUUGGGAUUGGCUUGUUCUUCUUUUCGUAAUUUAUACAGCUGUAUUCACGCCUUAUGCAGCAGCGUUCCUACUUCCUGAUGCUAAGCGAAAAAGAAGACACAAUGAUGGCUGGGGUCGAUAUAGUGGUCUUACAUCGUAUCAGAAUCCAUUACAAAUUAUCGAUUUAUUUGUAGAUAUAAUGUUUAUUGUGGAUAUAUUUAUUAAUUUUCGUACAACUUAUGUGAAUAGAAAUGAUGAAUUAAUUUCACAUCCUGGUCAAAUUGCUAUACAUUAUUUCAAGGGUUGGUUUCUAAUUGACGUAGUAGCAGCCAUACCAUUUGAUUUAUUAUUAUUCGGUGCUGAAACAGAUGAGAUGGCUACAUUAAUUGGUUUAUUGAAAACUGCACGUCUUUUACGUUUAGUACGUGUUGUUCGUAAAUUAGAUCGUUAUUCUGAAUAUGGUGCAGCUGUUCUCUUAUUACUCAUGGCUACAUUUGUUUUAAUUGCUCAUUGGCUUGCAUGUAUUUGGUAUGCUAUUGGUAAUGUUGAACGUCAACAAUUCAAUGUACGUAUUGGUUGGCUUGAUCAAUUAGCUGAACAAAUUAAACAACCAUUUGGUAAUCGAUCAACACUUGGACCAAGUAUUAAAUCAAAAUAUAUUACAGCAUUAUAUUUUACUUUUUCAAGUUUAACUUCAGUUGGAUUUGGUAAUGUAAGCCCAAAUACCAACUCGGAAAAAAUAUUCUCUGUAUGUGUUAUGUUAGUUGGAUCUUUAAUGUAUGCUGGAAUAUUUGGACAUGUAAGUGCUAUUAUUCAACGUUUAUAUAGUGGGACUGCUCGUUAUCAUGCUCAAAUGGUACGUGUUAAAGAAUUUAUUCGUUUUCAUCAAAUACCAAAUCCAUUAAAACGACGUUUAGAAGAAUUUUUUCAACAUGCAUGGUCAUAUACAAAUGGUAUUGAUAUGAAUUUAGUAUUACGAAGUUUUCCGGAAUGUUUACAAGCUGAUAUAUGCUUACAUCUAAAUCGAAAUCUACUUAAUACAUGUUCACCAUUUAAAAAUGCAAGUCAAGGUUGUCUUCGAGCUCUUGCAUUAAAAUUAAAAACAACACAUGUACCACCUGGUGAUACACUUGUUCAUAAAGGUGAUGUGUUGAAUUUUUUAUGUUUUAUUGCUCGUGGAAGUAUUGAAAUUAUGAUCGGUUGUGAUAUACUUGCUGUAUUAGGACAAGGUGAUGUAUUUGGUGAGAAUCCAACAGAUUUUACUAGUAUGGGUCAAUCAAAAUAUAAUGUGAGAGCAUUAACUUAUUGUGAUUUGCAUAGAAUUCAACGUGAUGAUCUAUUAGAAAUUUUAGAAAUGUAUCCAGAAUUUGCAAAACAAUUUAAAAAAGAAUUAGAAAUAACUUUUGAUUUACGUGAUUAUUCGGAUCCAUGCAUUCUUAAUCCGGAAUUAAUCCAACCAUCAGAUAAACCCGUUAAAUAUUCCUCACCUAAACAUAUUAGCAUAUCACAUCAAACCAAUGCUGAUGUUGGUGACAAUAACAAUGACGCUGAUGAUAAUGGUGGUGUAAGUAAUGACAAUUCUGAUUAUGAAGAAGAUUUUGACGAAUGCUUUCAACUUCAUGAAAUAAAUGAUAUUCGUAACAUACAUAGUAUGCCUUUUAUUGAUUGUUACUCAAAUGAUCAAUCACCAAUUGUUCGGACAAAGCCGUUAAUUAACCCAAAUAUCUCAUCAACUAAAUCAUUUGAACAAAUUAAUCGGUACAACAAUAUUUAUACAUGUGAUCCUAAUGUGUUUUCAUUUACUAAUGAUAAUAAUAAUGAACUGGACAUAGCUGGUUUAUCGUCAAGAAAUAAAAUAAUGUACUAUCCUAUUCAUGAUAAACAAUCAAUAGUCGAAGAUUCAGCUGAUACUUCACAGCCAUCAUCUGCGAUAACUCAUCCGAUUCAUUCCUUAAUUAAUAAUUCCAAGCCUUGUGAAGGAUCAAAUCCUGUUGAAAAUCAAAGUUUGGGUAGAAUUAGUUCAUCCGAUAUCAUUGUAAAUUUGUUAACACGUCUUAGUUCAAUGGAAAACAAUUUGUUAUCAUUAGAAAAGAAAUUGAACACUGAACUUAAUCAACUAUCUCAAUUAAUUGAUAUUUAUUCAUCUUGAAUAUAAAAUAAUCAUUUAAAUGAUACAUAUAGAAAGAAAUUUUCUUAUCAUUAUUUCUAUAUCAUAAUAUAUUAUGUAAUAAGAAUUUCUUUUUUCCCUUUUAUUCAGCAUUUCAUAUUGUGUAUAAUGUUUUUCUCAUACUAGUAGUCAUGUACAGUUUAACGAAAGUUUAAUAAUUCAAGGAAAACAUAAAUAUUUAUUCAGAAAAACAAAUGCAUGUUUUGCUCCUUUCAUUGUUUUUUAUAAUAAUAGUAAUAAUAAUAAUAAUAAUUAUUAUUAUUAUUAUACAUACAUACAUACAUACAUACAUACAUACAUACAUACAUACAUACAUACAUACAUACAUACAUACUAUACAUACAUUCAUAAAUAUAUGUUUACUCCAAUUGUAUACUUAUUAACACCUAUUACUGUAUAUAAUUUUGUCUUACAAGGAAUUUUGCUUAUUUUUUUUCUUUAUCUACAUCAAGUUGACUUUUUCUAAUCUUCAGUAGAACUGAGCAGAUGAAAAUAUUUCCUUUGAAAAACAAACAAACAAACAAUUUAUACCUUUACCAGUAUGAUUUCUUAUUGAUAUUGUUUACCUCUCUUCUAAAAUAUAUUUAUAUACGUACAUUGAAUUAAUGUAAAAGUAUACUCACUUAAAGGAAUUUACUUGUCAGUAAACUUUUUAUGUUUCCUGUAUGGUUCUGGUUUACCUUUUUCAAAUUUCUUAAUCUUUUUCCUAUUAACCACACAAUACUAAUUUAUAUAUUGUUUAAUGGAGAUUUUUAAAUAAUACAACAAUUACAGUAGUAAUCUGCGUUAUUAUCCCUAUUUACCUUACAUUGCAUUUAUGUCAGUCUAUCUUUGCUUAUUUUCAUAAUAAAGAGGAAAAUGGUAGUUUUUUUUUAUAAAAUGGAAUGUAAUUAUAGCUGUGAAAACAUUUAUUUUAACAUCUUAAUCAAAUAGUAUAAUGUACACUUAAUCUUCCCCUACAAUAUAGUAUUUCAUUAUCUGUAACAUGUAUAUAGUUCUUUCGGUUAUGAAUUUUUUAAGGUAAUUUUUGUGAUGCAGUUUCUUAGAACUGAUACUGAUACACAUUCUUCCUAUACACAAAACCGGCUACUUAAGAUAAAAUAGUAGGUGCAAGAAAGUUCAUUUGGACUUAACCAAUUCAAGAAAAAACUGUAUAUGUCUCAUCCCUUGACCAAUCACACGCAUUUAUGAUUUUCCCCAUUUCUGAUUGACUCUUUAUAUCAAUAACUAGACUUAUACAUGUAGUAAAUUAUGCUGUGUAAAAUCUGAAUAUACAACUGCAAAAUUGCAGAACCAGAGUGGCGUAUUCUUCAUCUACGAAUAGCAGUUCCCCCAAGAUUGGUCAAGACAGCCUAUAAAACACAAAUUGCUCACCCUGACAAUAACAUCGUGGGUCUUAUUGCAGUGAAAUCCAGUGACCGAAUACUCUGUACUCUAUUAAAGUUUUUAAAUAUAUUGCAAUAAAUGAGUUCCUAAAAUGCUAGGUUUGAAGCUAUCAGGAGUUCACUUAAUCGGCGAACGAGAACAAGACUCGAUGAACAAAGACCAGUAAGCUAGCUAUUGAUGCGUCCCAGCCCCGCUCACUAGAGGGAGAAGUUCAAGCUUGGAAUGGGAAGUAUAUUCAGCGAAACAGCCGGAAACGAGCGAUAACAACAACACAAUUCAAAACGUAUACAUACAGUGCAAAACCGUCCUUGUGGGAUACCAAAUAGCACACUAAGAGACGCAACGGAACAAUAGCAUUUAAGAUAUUUUCCAGUGGGAAAUACGGCGGCCUGCUUAAGCAUCUGGGCUACCUGUUCCUGCCAUCCAGAUAUUUCAACAAGUUAUCUAUUUUUAUUUGUUUUAAUAUAUCAUUAUGUUUAUUAAUCGCACAACCUAUUCUGCUGCGUUUCUGAAAAGUGUACAACCUUUCGUUGUCAAAGUUACAAAAAACUCAAUUAGAGCCAAUGUGGUUGCUGGCAAUAUACAGCGAAAAGAAUGCACAUUAUUCAGAUGUUCAUUUAGUGAACUGCUAACAUCUAACUGGAGAUAACUCAAUAUUUAUCUUCAGGACCGACCAAGAAGAAAGAAACGGAAACUUGUUGAAAUACUUUACGCUGAGAAUUCUAUAUUGUACCAAAAAUAUAAUAUUGAAUAAAGCUGAUAAUAAUAAUAAUGACAUGAAGGUGAGAAGAAAGCCUUUGGCGCGAAAACAAAGAAAUUCGAAUUUUCUAAAUAAAAUUACAAAAUUAGGUCCUUCUCUGAGUUCUGGGGAUCUAACGUCCCCAACAUAAAAGCACAAAAUAUAUAUUUGCAUUUCAAUCUAAUUUGGAUUCUUUCGUCGUUGAUUUUUUGGUAGGAAUGUGAUGUUUUGGUUGACUACUUACAUACUGUGGGGGAUUAUUUCGAUAUGGCCAUUAUGACAUAAGUCAGUACAGAACAGAUGAGAUGCAGGUACAUCCAGCUGUCGAGUCUCAAACAAGACAAAUGUGCAUCCUAGACCCCACUGCUAGCUACAUUCCAUCUGUUCUAAAUCUUGUUUUCAGCACUAAAGAAAUGAUUAUCUUAUGAAUCUUUUUGGCUUAGUAAACUAAUCUUUCUAAUUUUUGUUUCAAGUCAAUUCUCGACGUGUGAAAUACAAAGUUCUCAAUCGAGUAUACUUAAAAGCAUUGACUUAUGGGGGAUAAGUCAUGUUUUGACAGAUUAAUUUUACAGCUUAUAAUGAUGAUAUCUGUAAUAAGCCUAGAUAUUCUUUUCGCCUGAUGUACGUCAUCACAUUAUUGUAUAUCAAUAAUAUGCAGUUCACCCAUAGGAUCUUCAAAUAGUUUAAAUGGUAUUGUAUUCAUUGUGUCAUUGUUGAACAUAUUAAAAACAAAUUACUGAAUAUAUAUAUUUGUUGAUAAUAGGAAUUAACAUCACAACAUCGUCUUAUGCACCACGAAAAAAACUACAACAACCUUUAGUCCUAUAACCUAAUUUGACAACGACCACAGCAUUAGUCUCUAACUGUUAAUGUACACAUUAAAUG